AUGCCGCGCAUUGUGCUUGGGGGUGCAGAAUCUGUGGGUGCAGCCCUGACGUCCAGGAAAAGAAAGCGAUGUCCUUUUGAGUCUUACAACGAAUCUGAAACAGUUGGAGUCUUGACGAAUUUGAUUUCCAGAGGGCAAUUGAGUAUUGCUUCGGCAGCUGAAAUUGCAAGAUCAGUGGUGAAAGACCACGACCUACCCGAUGCCGCUGUGAAAGCUUUCAGUUCCCUGGGGUGUGAUGGGGCACACCCUGCAAAUUCAGAACGAGACCUUCACAGGUGGCUGCGGGGUCUUUACAACUUCAAGUUGGAGCCAUAUGUAAUCAGCCUCAACUUACAGGUUGAUGGGGUGGAAGCCCGACCGGUGCAAGUGCGGGCGCUUCUCCCUCACGAAGUCAUCGACUGCUUGGCGAAAGCAGGCUGUCCUUCUGCUUUUGAUUCGAUGAUGCUGGGACACCUUGACACAGCCUCUAGAGAGAAGUUUUGGUGUCACGUCCAACAUCUCGUACGCAGCGCUGUUGAAACGACAAUCGCCAAUGUCUUUGCCUGGAGCAUGAAGUGCUCGUCCAGCGGGGUCGCUCCUGUGACCGGGUUUUACGAUGAGGAGUUCAAGAAGACUUCAUACCGGUAUGGCAUGAAAGGUCAAACGUUGGCCUUGGGGUGGAGGGCCUGCUAUUUCACCAUGAAGGCAGAUCUGAAAGCCCGCCAUCAAAUGAACCUGUUCCAAAGAUGGUACCGAUGCUCACUGCUGUGUGACAGCUGCCUCGCUUCUUCUGGCAAGCGGAGUUGCCGCUUCAUGAACUAUCGCAACUUUGGAACGUCUGCUGCUUGGCCGCUGACUGUGCUGAGCCACGAAGAUUACUUGCGCUUGGAAGCAGUUCCGUCACCGUGGGUUUCAGUCGAAGGCUUUCGACUGGGAUCUGUUUCGUGGGACUUGUUACAUUUGAUCUUUUUGGGCCACGGCAGAGAUCUCGUAGCAAGUGCUAUCCGGGUGAUCAUCCGCGAGGGUUGCUACGACUAUGUGUGCUACGACUAUGUGGGUUCCAAUCAGCUAGAUGCUAUCUUGAGUGUUGUUCACAAAGAAAUUCAUGACACCUGCACAAAGAAUGGGUACUAUGUGCCUUGCAAGCCAGUGCUCAGCGAAGCGAACAUGGGAGGGUGCGAGUACGCUGAAAUUGGGAGCCGCUACAAGGCUUCGCGCGUGAAAGUCUUGCUGUGGUGGAUUACCCGCAAGAGUCAGGAGGUAGCUGACGCUAGCCCUACAAAUGCAUUGCUUCAAGUCUUGGCAACUUGCUGCUGGGCCCUUCAACGUUUCCUGGAGGUCAUUGACAACGCUGGCCUGGUCGUAGAGCCAGAGGAGGCUGCCGAAGGAAGCAGCACCUUGUGGGCGCAUGUUCGUCUUUAUGCAUGGCUAGCUCUGUACUGCUCCGACCGCAAAUUACUGCUUUUCAAAGUGCGCCCGAAGGCGCACUAUCUAUGUCAUGUCGCCAUGUCUUUGAGUCAAACACGACUCAAUUUCAAUGCCUUUCACACCUUUGACGAAGAAAGCUUUCUAGGCAAAAUCAAGAGCAUCUGUCAAAAGACGCAUGGCUCCACUAUGACACAAAGAAUCUACCAGAGGUACUGCUUGUGUCUAGCUUUGUUUCUGCACCACCAACGGCAAAUCGACAAAUCCGUGUGA